UUUCCAAGUGCUACAAGUGGUGUUUUUCAAGGUAGGAGUCACCAUGGUAAUAGUAGCAGCUUUGUGCUAGUUAAGUCAACGCAUCCUGUUUGUUUGCCUAAUGUUCUUAAUAAUUCAAGGCCAUUAAUCAUUUGAACUAAUUGCUGUACUCUCUCACAUAUCUUCUGUGAAACAUGGAACAUAUCAGCCACACACAUGUGGAAGUAAAUGGGCUAAAACUACAUGUGGCAGAGAUUGGCACUGGUCCUAAGGUUGUGUUGUUCCUGCAUGGAUUCCCACAAAUAUGGUACACAUGGAGGUAUCAAAUGAUUGCUGUUGCGAAAGCUGGAUAUAGAGCAAUAGCGUAUGAUUUUAGGGGCUAUGGACUCUCGGAGCUUCCAGCUGAACCUGAGAAAGGGGGCUUCAUUGACCUUGUUGAGGAUACCAUUGCCCUUCUUGACACUCUUGGCAUCAGUAAGGCCUUUCUAGUCGGUACAGACCUGGGAUCAUUUCCAGCAUACAUGAUAGCUGUUCUUUACCCGGAGAGGGUUACCAGUUUAGUAUCACUAGGUGUUCCAUUCAGGCUACCAGGGCCCAGUGAUGACAUUGAUCUGAUGCCCGAAGGUUUCUACUGCAAAAGGUGGCAGGAGCAAGGCAGAGCUGAAGCAGAUUUCGGGCGCUUUGAUGUUAAGACAGUGAUAAAAAACAUCUACAUUCUCUUCUCUGGAACUAAACCACCAACAGCUAGAGAGGACCAGGAGAUCAUGGACAUGGUUGACCCGUCUACUCCUCUACCACCAUGGCUCUCUGAAGAAGAUCUUGCAGUCUAUGCAUCCUUGUACGAGAAGUCUGGAUUUCGCUAUCCAUUGCAGGUUCCAUACAGGACUUUAGGCAUAGAUUGCUGUGGAAUAACUAAUCCAAAAGUUGUAGCACCAACGUUGCUGAUUAUGGGGGAGAAGGACUAUGCUCUUAGUUUCCCGGGCAUUGCAGACUACAUAAAGAGUGACAUACUAAAGCAUAGAGUUCCAGAUUUGGAAACCGUCUUUGUAGAAGAAGGGAACCAUUUUGUUCAUGAGAAACUUCCAGAGCAGGUGAAUGAGUUAAUGAUCAACUUCCUCAAAAAACAUAGCAACUAAAGAGGCCUAUCUAUGAGCAUCCGAAGAGAUGCGAUGAUAUCCAUUCACAACAAUAAAUUGGCUUUCCAGUAGUGUGCUAAUUUCCGAGACUUGAUGUUGUGUUCAUAAAUAAGAAUUUUUUUGGUA